ACCCUGCAACGCCAGAGUGUCUGUGUUGUGUGACUGUGAGCAGCGAAGCUUGAGCGACAGGUCAGGUUUCCUCACACAGUAGACCACUCAGGCUCUCGGCCUCCCGGUCUCUCUGCACCCACCCCACACCGCCUGGACCCCUCCGCUGCCGUUCCCCCCUCUCUCUCGCUCUCUCUCUCUCGGCUGCUGCUGCUCGGGCACGAUGGGCAACGCCAGUGGCUCCACGGUGGACGACAUGCAGGCGGUGGAGAUCCACCACUGGUACAAGAAGUUCAUGACGGAGUGCCCCUCCGGCCAGCUCACCCUGCACGAGUUCAAGCAGUUCUUCGGGCUGCGGGGGCUGGACCCCGAGGCCAACGCCUACAUCGAGCAGAUGUUCCGGACCUUCGACAUGAACAAGGACGGCUAUAUUGACUUCAUGGAGUACGUGGCGGCUCUCAGCCUGGUGCUGCGGGGCAAGAUGGAGCAGAAGCUGCGCUGGUACUUCAAGCUGUACGAUGCGGACGGCAAUGGCUGCAUAGACCGCUAUGAGCUGCUCAACAUCAUCAAGGCUAUCCAGGCCAUUAAUGGCUGCAAUCUGGAGAUGUCAGUGGAGGAAUUUACUAACCGAGUGUUUGAGAAGAUUGAUGUCAAUGGAGAUGGCGAGCUGUCCCUGGACGAGUUUGUGGAGGGCGCCCGCAAGGACGAGGAGUUCAUGGAGGUGAUGAUGAAGAGUCUGGACCUCACGCACAUCGUGGCCAUGAUCCACAGCCGGAGACACAGCGUCUAGCGCCUCGGCCCCCCUCCCUUCUCGCCCACCCGGCCGCACGCGACGGGCACCCCAGCUCCGGCAGGGAGGCGCGGAGUGGAAGACCGGACUGGAAGACCACAGGGAAGCACGGGGAGACAGGAGGAAGGGAAGGGAGGGACAACGGCAAAUCAACACGCUGGUAAUCGCCCAUCUUCUCAGAACGACUGGGAAGUCAUUCAAAGACAAGGACCGGUUUAUUCACGUCCUGCUAGAUAUUUAGAAAAGGGAGACGUGUUCGGCCCGGGUGGCCAGCCUGCCUCCGAGCCCAGAUUCUGCUGAGGCCCGGCCCCAGGCGGAACAACAGCGACUAGGCAACAACGUUCCAGAGUCCGAAGCAGGAUGAGGGAGCUGCUUAUACAGCAAGCUGUUAACUACACUGAGCCAACAGGGGUUUAGCACAAAUCCACAGGUCACUGACUGCAGGGAUCAGCCUCCCUCGAAAUAGAGCAGAGAUCUGAUGAUGUGAGAGCUGGGGGUGGGAGAGGAGAGAGUUGGCUGCCCCCCCCCUCCCCUCCUCCAGGUUCUGUCUCCUCCUGUGACCUACGGUCUGUGUGUGCGACUCUAAUCUCAGUGGUGGCGAUACGGUGCACUCCUUCUCCUGUGUCUAAAUGAGCGCUCACUCUCUUCUCCAGACCACUAGUGCUGUGCUCCUUGGCGCUGAAAGUGUUGUUCCUGGGAGUCCAAAACUGCUCUCUUUUGUUAUUUUUUAAUUCAACGGCCACAGGGGCUAAACAUCAAAGUCACUGGACGUCUCCCAAGAGCACCAGAGGACCUAUUCCGUUUGUUUAUUUCAGUUCCUCUGACCCAUUUCACAGCUCACUCCUGCUGACGGCAGUCAGUAGUCUCAUGCAUUCUCCCUUAAACUCUUUUAUACAAAUCAAACAUGAAUUGGUCAGAAUCGACAUUGUGUUUAACCCCCCCAGCUCCUCCAAGAUCCCUCCCCUCCACAGCCCACAGCCCCGUCCCUCACAGUUCGCACCUGGAGCCAGUUGUGUGGAACUACACUCUUUCUCACCCCAUUUUCAAUGAUUGGGGUUCAUUCCCUUGAAAUACAGCGGCUGUGUGCACCUCACUUUGCACUUUUGCAACAGAUUGCUGCAUGGCUGGUAUCAGAACUCUCCCUUUGUGCACCCCGCUCACAGGCUGGGGCGCAGGAGGGCUCCUUGUGGAUUCUGUGUGUGAAGUCUGUACAUAGUGUGUGUAUGUGUGUGCCCUGUGCUGCAGUGCCCAGCGCCGUGAUAGGGCGCACUGCAGCCAGACGGUCCUCUCUCUGUAGGGCGUAGUGACUGGAAACUCAAGUAUGUGCCUUCUGUAGGAAGACUGACAGGUUUAUUUUUUUAACAAAAAUGUUCGCUUCUGCUUCUGUUUGUACAAUAAAGAGAUAAGGGUCAAA